UCAAGUAUAUAUAAUGUAACAAGGAUAAACAAUGGUUGUCUUAGACGUGUUAACCAAUAAUAAAUUAAUUAUUUCAACUUUUCUAAUCACAUAGCUUUAGACAAACUUAGCUAAAUUGUAUUUUUUUUAAUUGUUCGAAAAUUCAUAUAGAUAUAAUUAAAAAAUAUUUAUGUAAGAAGAUAAACUGAAGAAUGAAAAUAUAAUCAAUCAUUCGUGUUUAUAAGACAGGAACAAGGGACAUUUAUUAUGGACGUUUUAAAUAAUUUCUGUGGAGAUAUCAAAUUAUGGGACAAAGAUUCUAUCUUACAAGACAGACCAAAUGUUAGUCCAUGUUUUGAAGACACAGUUCUGGUAUGGAUUCCGUACGGCUUUCUCUGGAUCGUAUCGCUCCCUUUCACCGCCUAUCUGUUCAGGAAAGAACGGGACCCACCUUUACCAUUCCACAAACUGCAAAUUAUGAAGAAGAUGAUGACCCUAGCUUUAAUCAUGCUAGUGAUAUCUGAGAUUCUGUUAAAGAAAGAAACAGGAUACAGAUGUAAUGAUGACGUGAACGUUCCGACAGCCGCUUAUGUGGCGGUCGUAAUUAAAGCAGCCUCGUUUCUGUUAAUACUGAUUGUGGAGGAAGGUAUGCGUUUUGUUGGAGUCAAAUCUUGUAUUAUUACAUUUACAUUCUGGCUUCUUAUAGCUGUGUCGGAAGUUAUACCAGUUUACUCGUUGAUUAUUGCCGAUAAAUGGUGUCCAGCAAGCACGUUAACUUGUGUAAAAUUAUCUGUUAUUUGGGUUCAGUUGGUUCUGCGUUGUUUUGCCGAUCAGUAUGACAAGGUGGAAUUCGAUGCGCAGCAAGAGGAGUGUCCGCUCGAGAAUGCUUCAUUUAUAAACAGGCUUACAUAUACAUGGGUAUUUCCAUUGGUCGUAAAAGCAUACAGAAAACCACUGACAUCGUCUGGUUUAUGGAGACAAACAAAGCGACUACAGAGUCAAUAUGUCGUUGGUAAAUUUUUGAACAACUGGAACAGAGCACAUAAUCUGUAUCGAAAGACGAAAGAAAACCAAGAACGAAGACUAUCGAUGGAAUCCGAAUAUGACGAGCCAAAUGAAAAGACUCCCAUAUUGUCUACAACACGAAAUAAGAGCAUACAAAGAGACGCACUGUAUAGAUUUGAUAAUAUGAAGCCAAAAUGUGGACAUGGUCCAUCUAUAUUUUCGGUAAUGUGGAGAACACACCGAGGACAGUGGGCAGAGGCAACAACAUACAAAAUAAUUGGAGAUGCAUUUGAUCUGCUACAGCCAUUUAUAUUAAAUUUCAUUAUACAAAUGAUUGAAAACAGAGAUACAACAAACUCGAAACAUUACCCUAAAUGGAUCGGCUAUGCGUGCUCAGUGGCCUUAUUUGCUGCUAGUAUGAUGAAAACAUUCUUUUGGAAUUUUGCACGAUUCAGUCAGAAGUUCAUCGGACAAUCCAUGAAAGCUGAACUUAUCGGUGCAGUUUAUAGGAAAACCUUUUCCCUAUCGAAUUCGGCCAAAAAAUCAUCAACCGUUGGCGAGAUUGUAAACUUGAUGGCUGUAGAUUGCCAAAGGAUACAAGAUUCAAUUACUCUGUCGCAUCACGUGAUCUCGAUACCAUUCGUAACAUCAAUUGCAAUGUUGCAGUUAUGGUAUUUGAUUGGUUUUGCCACAUUUAGCGGUAUAGGAGUGAUAAUUGUUAUGAUUAUUUUGAAUGGAAUUCUGGGAAGACGUCAACAGUGGCUUCAGGGGCUUGUUCUAGGUUACAAAAGUAACCGCAUCAAAAUUCUUAACGAAAUAAUAAACGGAAUAAAGGUCCUGAAAAUGUAUACUUGGGAGAGGCCAUUCCAGAAAAAAGUUUCAGCGUUACGAAAUAAAGAAGUUUAUGUUUUGAGGAAGGUAGCAGUUGUGAUUGCCGUGGCAUUGUUUCUCUCAUUCUUCAGUCCGUUUAUGGUAAGUUAUGCAUUUUAUGUGGUGUAUACGUUAACAAAGUCCAUACAUUACCUGGAUGCCCGAACAGCUUUUGUUGUCCUGGCUCUUGUCAGUACCAUACGUCAUCCAGUAUCUCUGACGUCAGAACUCAUCAAUGGAUUUGUUCAGGGUUAUGUAUCACUGAAAAGAAUUCAAGAAUUUUUAUGGAAGGAGGACAUGGAUACAAGGAAUAUAGAACAUUCGGAAACAUCAAAAUAUGCUGUCAGCAUUGAAAAUGGUUUAUUUACAUGGAAUAAAGGGUUGAUGAAUCAAACACUCCGACGUAUUAACCUGAAUGUGUCCGAGGGAGAACUAAUUGCUGUUGUUGGCCAGGUGGGGAGUGGUAAGACUUCGCUAUUAUCUGCAAUGCUAGGAGAAAUGGAGAAGAUACAUGGUCACGUGACCUUGAAAGGUAAAAUAGCAUACGUUCCUCAAGAAGCCUGGAUCCAGAAUCUCACAGUUCGAGAUAACAUUGUGUUUAGUAACACGUUCGAUGAGAUAAGAUACAACAAGGUGAUUACAGGAUGUGCUCUCGUAUCUGAUCUAGAUAUGUUCCCAGGAGGGGACCAGACUGAAAUAGGAGAAAAAGGUAUAAAUUUAAGUGGUGGACAAAAGCAGCGUGUGAGUUUAGCAAGAGCUGUUUAUAGUGAUGCUGAUAUUUAUUUAUUAGACGACCCUUUGAGUGCCGUUGAUUCUCACGUAGGCAAACAUUUGUUCAACAAUGUCAUAGGUCAACAAGGACUUCUUAAACGAAGGACUCGUAUAUUGGUCACCCACGGUAUUCACUGGCUGUCAAUGGUUGACAGAAUUGUUGUAAUAGCCGAUGGCCAAAUAUCAGAAAUGGGGACAUACCGGGAGUUGAUAUCAAGAGACGGACCGUUUGCACAGCUUCUGCAUACAUUGGCACAGGAAGAUAGCCCAACCGAUGACGAGUCUGAUGAAAAUCAUAUCACAGUGGAUAAAGACAAUACAGAUAAAGUAGAAGAACGUAUCAAUAGAAAACGGACUUUAUCAUCUGAGAAAGAAAAAGAGUUUGGGAUGUCAUUUUCUAAGGAUCAUGGGGAUUAUUAUGAUGGAAGUUUGUACGAGAGCAGUGAUAAACACCAACUUAUUCAAGAGGAAACUUCAAAAAAGGGACAUGUACAGUUUGAUGUUUUUAAAAGCUAUCUAAAAGCAAUGGGGUAUUGCUGGACAUUUAUAGCCGUAAUUUUCAUGACAAUAUUUCAAACUAUGAGCGUAUAUUCAAACUAUUGGCUCACUUACUGGACGGAAGAUGCUUUGCUGAAGAAUACUUCCCAAGGACACACUAAAGCAUAUGAAAAUAAAUUUGUUUAUUAUUUGGUCGGCUAUACUCUUAUUGGCGUUUUGCAAGGUGUUGCUAUGCUUCUAUUUGGGAUUGUGAUUUCUAUAAGAAUGGCUAUAGCAUCUGGUAUCAUGCAUAAAUCUAUGUUGUACAGUAUUCUACGGUCACCAAUGGCUUUCUUUGACACAACACCCGUCGGCAGAAUCAUGAACAGAUUUUCUAGUGAUAUUGACAUAAUGGACGUGAGAAUACCGUAUGUGAUCAGAUGGUUAAACACUCAGAUAUUUCAGUUAGCUGCCAUUCUUAUUGUUGUGUCCAUAAAUACACCUAUAAUAAUGGUCGUCAUUGUGCCUGUCACCUUCAUAUAUUAUCUGCUAUUGCGAUUUUAUUUACCGACGGUACGGCAGGUGACUCGUCUAGAAUCAGUUACAAGAUCACCGAUAUUUAAUCAUUUUAGUGAAACUAUUACCGGUGCUGGUGUUAUAAGAGCAUAUAAAUGUACUGAUAAAUUCAUUACAGAACUUGAUCGUAGAGUGGACCAAAACGUUAAGUUUAUGUUUGCGUCUAUAUGCUCUGCUAAAUGGAAUGCAAUAUGUUUAGAAAGUUUAGGUAACCUUCUGAUUUUAACCACUGCCGUGUUUGCGUUUACAUCAGACGGAUUGAAUGGUGCACAAGUCGGUCUGUCCAUAACAUAUGCUUUGCAGGUGACAUUAAGUCUUUUACGAGGUGCACAACUACUGGGAGAACUUGAGAUGAGGGUUAUAUCUAUAGAAAGAGUAAAAGAAUAUACAGAACUUCAACCAGAGUCGGCAUGGACGAUUGAGACCAGUAAACCACAUGCUGAUUGGCCACAGAAUGGUUCAGUUGAGUUUCGGGACUAUACAACAAGAUAUCGGGAUGGCCUUGACUUGACCUUGAAAGGAAUAAGUUGUCAAAUAAGGGCCGGAGAAAAGAUAGGAAUUGUUGGUAGAACAGGUGCAGGAAAAUCAUCACUAGCAUUAUCGUUGUUUAGAUUGAUAGAAUCAGCUGGCGGAUCUAUCGUUAUAGAUGGACACGAUAUAGCAGAUAUUGGACUUCAUGAUCUCAGGGAAAAACUUACAAUCUUACCACAAGAUCCCACUUUAUUUUCUGGAAGUUUACGAGAAAACAUUGAUCCGUUUGGAAAAUUCGACGAUGCUUCUCUUUGGAAAGCUUUAGAAUGUGCUCAUCUGAAAAGGACUGUACUUAACAUGCCGUCACAGCUGGGGUAUGAAUGUGGGGAGAGUGGAAGUAAUCUCAGUGUUGGUCAGAAACAGUUAGUAUGUCUUGCACGCACUUUGCUUCAUAAAACCAAGAUACUGGUACUAGACGAGGCGACAGCAGCCGUUGAUCUUGAAACAGAUGAACUGAUUCAAACAACCAUACACAAUGAGUUCAGUGAUUGUACCAUACUGACAAUAGCACACCGACUACAUACAGUUCUAGAUUAUGACAGGGUGAUGGUACUAGCUGAAGGAAGAAUUGUUGAAUUAGAAACUCCUGGAAAACUACUUAAAAAUAAAAACAGUGUGUUCUUCAAAAUGGCAAAGGAUUCAGGACUUGUGAGCUAAAUAAAACCAAAUUUUCGAAAAUUAUCCGAAAUAAUGAACGUUUGUAGGAAGAUGUGCCAAAUAUUUGUUCGUAAUUUCACCGGAAAACUUUACUUUCUAAAUAUAUUGGCUUGAUUUGUAAUAUCCAGUUUUAAAGGUUUAAUGAAUUAAGCAAGGUAUUUCGGCAAUUUUAAAAAGUAUGUAUCAUAGCAACAUAUUCACUGUAUUUAUUGAAUGAUGUUUUAGCUAGGAAGCGUCUAAAUUUCCAUAUGUUGCGUUUUCUAGAACAAUUAAAUAUUAAGAAUCAAAAUCGUAAUGCAAAUUACAAUUAAAUAAUACAAAUGUGUUGAUAUUAUAUUCCGAAGAACAUUUAUUAUUAUGACAAGUCAACAUUAAAUGGUAUUCGAUUCAUUAUCUAAUGUAAGUCGGCCUGACUUUUUGUCUCAUAUUUGAUCUCAUUCUGGUAAAUCUGGAAAAGAAAGAUGUUCGAAUCAAUAAUAUAAUACAUGUUUAAGUUGUGUUGAUAAUUUAUAAAUGUGUAUUUAAAUGGUAUUUCACUUGUAACUAUCAUGACUUUUGUUGUUAUUGUCGUUAUUAUUAUUAUUAUUGUUGCUGUUGUUAUUAUUAUUGUAUGUUUUACUAUUAUUUGUGCAAAUAAAGAUUUAGACUAAG